AUGUCAAAAUCUGUCGAGAGCACGCCCACCAAAGUCUCCGACGAGCUUCAACGACAGGACGAGCUCGGCCGACUCGGCGGAGGGCAAGGGUCCCAAGGAAGUCGCACUAACGAACGCAAUCAGGUCCUGAGAAGCGUAUCUAUCCUCGCGAUCCGUGCUGGACUCAUCACAAUUGCCAUAUAUUUCGUCAUCAUCGCUCUCACGAUUUAUUCGUCCGCUGGUGGCCCGGCGCCGUCAUGGGCGCGAACGACCGACUUACAUGAGCAAACGAAUUGCAGCCCGAUUUGUCCAUCGGGGUAUCGCGUCGACAGGGUCGUUAUGCCGGUGUGCACUUGGGACUGCGUGUCGUGGACGAGCUUGUUGUGGCCGCUUGGGGCCGGAAAGUCUAG